AUGAGAGGUGAGAGAGUAGAGGAUGAGGGUUGGGUUUCAGGUGGGUGUUGGGUGGGAAGGGGUGAACCAUGUGGGGCUGUGAUGGCUGGGAGGGGAAUAAGGAGGGCAUCAGGUCUAGAUCGAUGCCCUUUGUUUUCAUUUUACAUACUGGAAUGA